GGAAAAAGAUGAAAAAGAAUCUCGCGAUGCGAACCGUUGAUGACAUCGUGCGCUGGGGAAAGUGGAUGCCAGAGGGGAGCACAAGCCCCGAAAAUAUCCCACCCGCUUCCGCCAAGUCCGUACGUACGUACGUACUUUGUAUGCUGAGGUGCUCGUGGUUUGUGGUCCCCCUCGCGCCCCUGACCUAGUUCACCGCCAGCAGGCCGUUGCAUCUUGUACGAUGGCACCGGGGGACCUCGGCGAAUCGUCCACAGAGCCAACCAAACGCCGCAAGCAAGUCGUUUCUCUCGUCCCCGGCUCCAUGCCCCGUGCCCAUGCCGUCCAUACGCUGGGCGUGCAUCGGGGCAGCAGCCAUCGUGACUCCUCACACUGCCUUCGUCCACGCGUUCGUACGUAUAAUGUACGUACGUAUUGUCGCCGUCUCUCUUACCUUACCCACCUUACCUUGGCCCUUUCUCGCUCCCUCACCUCCUCGCUCGCCAUCCUUUUGUCCUGCAACAUCGGCUCGGCCUCCCCGGAUCGCGCAGCUGCCAGGGAUCCCCAGCGUGAAAUAUUGGAACUUUUCAUCAUCCUCUCCCCUCUCUUUCUCGCGCCUUCGCUCGUCGUCCGUUCCAUACAACGACUCGGAUGCACGUCCAGUCCCCAAGGUCCUUCUCCAGCUGAAUCUCGUACGUUGUCGGGCCACGGCCUAAAAUCUGCUAGGAACCGUGGUCAUGCGCCGCGCCUUGCCAGCAGAUGCCAGUCUUCGCCGACUUCAGGCCGUUCGUGUAAGGUUCCCAUCCUGUCGUGGAGAGUCAGCAUCCGGUGCUGCCGGUGGGACUGCGCAGUGUCGGCCAUGGAUAUAAAGGCCUCCCCAUCUCAGAGCCAUAAUGUGUCUCCCUCAGAUCCCUCGCCUCUCCCGCAGGGCACUACUUUGAUCCGCAUGAGGUGACAGACGCCGAGCUCCCUCCCUACCACUAAUACUACUGCUACUACUUUACGUCCGCUUGUAACAUGUUACCCAAGCUCUCCACGUUGUGGCCCGCGGCCCUUGCCGUUCUCGUCGCCGCCUCGUCAGUCGCUCUCGCACAGCAACACAUUCCCGUCACUGGCGCUCCUGUCCCGGGAAAUGGACCGGUUCCGCUGCGUCUCAAUAUCAAUGAUAUGCAGGCCCGGGGGGGGGCGGCUUGGCAUCUCUUCCUUCGGUCCCUGCGAGCCAUGUACGACAUGGAUCCGUCCGAUCAGCGCUCCUGGUUCCAGAUAGCGGGCAUCCACGGCAAGCCUUACGUCGAGUGGAACAAUGCCGGGCCCGAACAGUCCAACGGGUGGCGCGGCUACUGUCCCCAUGGUGAGAAGAUAUUCGCGAGCUGGCACCGUCCAUAUAUCGCACUGUUCGAGCAAGAGCUCGUCAGGCACGCGCAACGGCUCGCCGCCGAGUACCCGGUCCGGUGGCGCGACUCGUAUGUGAACGCGGCUGCAAAUUUGCGCAUCCCUUACUGGGACUGGGCGGCCGACCUGGCCGUGCCGCAAGCCACCGUCCCGCGCGUCGUCAAGGUCGUUAUCCCGGAUGGCGACGGCGUUCGCGAAGCCGACAUGGAGAACCCGCUGGCAACGUACCGGUACCCGGCUGCCGCGCUGCAAGGCCGCUUCGGCGUCUUCGACGACGUGAGGGGCAGGACUCGGAUCCUGCGCUGCCCAGCACCGGCAAGGUAUCCCGAGUCAGCCAACAAUGCUCUGCGGAGCCGCACCUACAAGGAGUGGGUUUACGAUGCCUUCGCGACCCAAAACGACUUCACUGGCUUCGCCACGGGUGAGAGGGGCUUCGGGCUGGAGCGGAUCCACGAUAGCAUCCAUUGGGACUCGGCGUGCGGACAACAGUUCUUGAGCGUCGACCUGACGGCCUUUGACCCCCUAUUCCUCUUUCACCACGCCAACGCCGACCGUCUCUGGGCGUACUGGCAGGCCGUGCACCCGGAGAGCCCCAUCUUCAACGACACUUACUGGGGCCGAUCGCGGUUCGCGACCCGCGAGAACACUCCCAUCGGCAACCAAUCCCCACUGGAACCCUUCUUCCAAACUUCGGGCGCUUUCCACACGUCUCUGUCCGUCCUCUCGUACGGCAGCUUCGGUUACUCGUAUCCAGGCCUCGAAUUCUGGGCCAAGAGCGUUCAGCAGAUGCAGCAAGACGCCACGCGCACCAUCAUUCAGCUCUAUGGCCCCAGACCGCGCGCGCCGGCGGCGAAGGCUCUUGGGGCUACCGGAGACGAGUCGACGCAGAAGUACCAGCCUCACCGGCGCUACUUUGUUAAACUGCAGCUCGACAGGACCCAGGUCGAGAGGCCGUGCUCCGUCAACGUGUACCUCGACGACCAGCGCGCUGGUAGUUGGGUCAUUGGGCAGCAGCCUGAGAGCGGCGUUGUCAAGGGCGGCUUCACCAUCGACAAGGCCGUCCAAGGCGCCGGCAGACACCUGAGUUCUGUCAACGACACGACAGACUUCAUCAAGCAUGCUCUGCGGGUCGAAAUCGAAACUCGCGACGGGAGAAAAAUCGACCUCAGCUCUGUGACAAGUCUUGCUAUGGAGCUCGAGGAUGUCGACGUUGUGCCUUCAGCGCGAGACGACGAGUUCCCUCGGUACGAGAGACCGCACCGGCAGCCAGUGACGGUGACGGGGCGUCAUUGAAUCCAAUUUCAAGUGCAUGGUACGGCGUGGGAUCAUUGCCUUUGACGUGGUUGGCCCAGUAUUGCCAGAGUUAGAUGUAGUCUGGUCGAAAAGUGUACAAAUUGUUACAGCCAUGGAUGGACAUGAUGCGUCCCUUGCUCGUCGCCGAGGCGCAAGAAUGCC